UUCUCAAUCAGAUCGAGUUAGUCGAGUUGGUUUCUACUCAGUGGACGGAUAAUUGAGAACUUCGAGACCUAACAAUGUUGAGAAUUGCUCUGGUUGUGAUUCUGUUCCAGGUUGUUCUGCAAUCUGUUAUUACAGAAGCACUUUGCUGUGAUGAUAUCAGAUCUGAUAUAAAAAAUCGUACCCUCGCUUACAACUUAUUGUGUUCAAAAAAAGAUCCAAAGCUUGAAUCAUGCUGUGGUGUCAUAGAACAGGAAAUUCAAAGGCAUAAACUGGCGCUCAAAAUACUGUGUCCAAACAACGUUACAAGAAAAAGUUGUGCUGAUCUCUAUAAAUCUGGAGAAAACAAAGAUGGUAUGUAUACUAUUGAUCCUGAUGGCCUGGGAUCUUUCAAAGUCAGAUGUGAUAUGAACACAGACGGGGGUGGCUGGACAGUGUUCCAAAGAAGACAAGAUGGAAGUCAAAAUUUCUAUCGUGGAUGGUCAGACUAUAAAGCAGGCUUUGGUAAUCUUAACGGCGAGUUCUGGUUGGGCCUUGAUAAAAUACAACGUUUAACCAAAUCUGGUCAAAAUGUUUUAAGAGUUGAUUUGAUGGAUUUCAAUGGCGCUGAACGUUACGCUAAAUAUGGAACGUUUAGGGUGUCUGAUGAGUCAAACAAAUACAGAUUGACUAUUGGCAAAUAUUCAGGUGACGCAGGUGAUCCUCUUACUCAUCACAAUCAAAUGAAGUUCACUACCAAGGAUAGCGACAAUGAUGUUUGGGGUAGUAAUUGUGCUACGAGAUUCAAAGGAGGUUGGUGGUACAAGAGGUGUCAUUAUUCCAACCUCAAUGGCCUGUACCUGGGUGCAGGUAAGAAUAAUGCCAGCGGAAUAAACUGGUACCAUUGGAAAAGAUGGUAUUCGUUGAAAAAGACGACGAUGAAAAUUCGUCCAAACCAGUUUUAAAAUAAAGAGGAGCUUUAGAAGAGACUAGUUUUGCGGUGAAGAACAUGAAGUUUAAUGUUUGUACCAAACUAUAAUAUGUUUUAGUAAUAGUGUUAUAGACGGGAUAUAAUUAAUUAUAUUAUGCACGAAGGGGAAGUUACGGUUGCACGUCACGUGGUUGCCAAACGGAAACGUUGACACUUCAAAAAUGC